GAGAUUUUUUGCUGGAUUGGAUCUCUUCCUCCCUAUCCAUCCUUCCUUCUCUGUUCCUCUCCUUUACGCAGUGUUCAAGCCUCACACUCAGCAGCAUAAUGAACUUUAUCAUGUCAUUCUGGGAUAGCUUCAAAGGGUCAACAAUAUUUUGUUGAAAGUUUGGCUAGCUUGUUUCAAAGAUAUCUACAAAAUAUCUUCCGGUGAAAUUACAGUUUUCGGUGACAAUGGAGAAAGCAGAACCUUCACAGAAGCUCUACACGCGGAUGCGGCUCUGGGAGUUUCCUGAUGAAUAUGUUAUUGAGCCUACAGAUGGGUCUCCGGGUUUCUGUUUGUCCAUCAGUCGCGUGGAUGGAUCUAUAAAGCCCAUUGAUGAAGUUCCACAUUGCAGUAACCUUCGUGUUCCUAAAAUUCGGGCCAUUUUUGGUGUCGUUGGGUUGUUAAAGCUUCUAGCAGGGUCGUAUCUAUUGGUUAUAACUGAACGUGAGUGUGUUGGAUCUUAUCUGGGACACCCAAUUUUCAAAGUUUCAUCGAUGCAAGUUUUUCCUUGUGAUCAUUCUCUAAAAAACACACCAGUUGAACAGAAGAAGAUGGAAGCUGAGUUUUCUGGGCUUUUAAAUGUUGCAGAACAGACUUCUGGUCUGUAUUUCUCAUAUGAUGUCAACAUCACAUUGAGUGCACAAAGAUUAAAUGAUUUAGGUGAUGAAUCAAAGCUACUUCCCCUUUGGAGACAAGCAGACCCUCGAUUCCUUUGGAACAACUAUAUGCUGGAAAUACUUAUAGACAGCAAGCUUGAUCCUUUCUUGCUUCCUGUUCUCCAGGGGAGCUUUAAUCACUUCCAAACUGCCAUUGGAAAAGACAUUGUUGAUGUCACACUUAUUGCUCGGAGAUGCAAUAGGAGAACAGGAACAAGAAUGUGGAGAAGAGGAGCUGAUUCUGAUGGUUUUGUAGCCAACUUUGUGGAAACUGAACAGAUAGUGCAGUUGAAUGGGCACACAGCAUCUUUCGUUCAGGUCCGAGGAUCAAUUCCAUUACUAUGGGACCAAAUUGUUGAUUUGAAAUACAAGCCUAAAUUUGAGCUUGUGAGACUCGAAGAAGCUCCUCGAGUGGUUGAACGCCACAUCUUGGACCUGAGAAAGAAAUAUGGAAAUGUUUUGGCUGUAGAUCUUGUAAAUAAGCAUGGAGGCGAGGGGCGCUUGUGCGAAAAGUUUGGAAAUGCAAUGCAGCAUGUUGUUAGUGAUGAUGUGAGGUACGUGCACUUUGAUUUUCACCAAAUAUGCGGGCAUGUUCAUUUUGAGCGCCUCUCUAUCCUCUAUGAUCAAAUUGAAAAUUUCCUCAUCAAAAAUAGAUACUUUUUAUUGAAUGAGAAAGGUGAGAAAGUUGAGGUGCAACUUGGAGUUGUGAGGACAAAUUGCAUCGACUGUUUGGAUCGUACCAAUGUUACCCAGAGUAUGCUUGGUCGAAAAAUGUUGGAAUUUCAACUUAGAAGGCUUGGUAUUUUUGAUGCUGAUGAAACUAUUAGCUCACAUCCAAAUUUUGACGAGAGUUUCAAAAUUUUGUGGGCUGACCAUGGUGAUGACAUAAGCAUCCAGUAUUCUGGUACUCCAGCUCUAAAGGGAGACUUUGUCAGAUACGGUCAUCGCACCGUUCAGGGGAUUCUCAAAGAUGGCUGGAAUGCUCUCAUGCGCUAUUACUUAAACAACUUCCGUGAUGGUACAAAACAGGAUGCAAUUGAUCUACUACAAGGACAUUUCAUUGUUUCUGUCCCACGAGAUAUGACUCCCCCUGCUCAGAAGGGGGGCAUUGAAGCUAUCGCGUCCUUCCCAGUGGCUUUUCUGCUGAUUAUGACUGGUUUCUUUUUUGCAAUCAUGUCUCUUCGUCGAGGUGAGUUUACUUCAGUACUUGAAGUUUGCUUGUCUGGUUUAUCGGAAAAAAAAGAUUGCUUGUCAUACUUUUUCCAAUUUUGA